UCCUCCAAGCCGCUGCAAUCCUGGCCGCCGGGACUUGGGCUGCAUCUGCGCUCCUCCCUCCUCGUUCUCUCUUUUCAUUAUGAAAAUAAAUUCCACUUUAUGCACCAAUGAGUAGCAGGAAGGCGGAGAAAGAGGCGGCGGCAUCAGUAGCAGCCUCGGCAUCAGCAGCUGUGCAGCGUCCGGUCUGGGUAGGCUGGCGGUUCUGGGUCAGCUCCCUGCUGCAGCCAGACACGUGUGUUUCUACAGGGUGAUGCCCAUUUGAGCUGCCACCAUGUCCAUGUACUUGAAGCAUUUCACCGUGGUGGGGGAUGACCCUGCUCAGUGGAACAAUGACUACAGGAAAUGGGAGGAAGAGGAGAUGGAAGAGGAGGCGAAGACCCCUGAAACUGCCGUCAAAAUCGACUCUUCCCCCAGGACCCCUACCUUCCGGGAGGUGAUGAAGAAGUUGUUCCAGUCACACAAAUUUCAGAUCUUAGUUGUCGGCCUGGUUAUUUUGGAUGCCAUACUGGUCCUCGGGGAACUGCUUAUGGACUUGAAAAUCAUCCACCCUGACAAACACGAGAUUGCACCCAAGGUGUUCCACUACCUGAGCCUUAGCAUCCUAACCCUCUUUCUGGUGGAAAUUUUCUUCAAACUCUUUGUCUACCGGCUGGAGUUCUUCCAUCACAAGUUUGAGGUCCUGGACGCCGUCGUUGUCAUCCUCUCAUUCGUUCUCGACAUUGUUCUUAUAUUCCGGGAGCAUGAGUUUGAAGCACUUGGAUUACUGAUCCUUCUUAGACUGUGGAGAGUGGCCAGGAUUAUAAAUGGAAUCAUCUUGUCGGUGAAAACACGGUCUGAGCAGCAGAUGUCCAAGCUGAAGCAAGCCAACCUGCAACUCAGCCUAAAGGUCCAGGAGAUGGAAACUAGCUGUGCAGAGAAGGAGCUGGAAAUCGAAAGGCUUAAUGCUGUGUUGAAGCAACAUGGACUUGUCGGCCAGUCCAGAUAAGGUGCCAUCCCAGGGCCCAACGGAGCCAGUGCCGCCACUGAGAAGCUAAUUUUGUUUCCAUACUGUGCCAUUUUGAACAUACUCUUUUGUACAUUUCCUUCCUUUCCUAGAACAAUAUUCUAUCCCUAUUGCUUGUUAAGACUCAAGCGUUGGAAAAAAAAAUGUAUCCACAAACCUGAAAACCAAUUAUUACAAUCUUUAAUUGUACAGCUGUACAGUUUUUAAAAAAUAGCAAAAAUAAUUUAAUAAACAUCAGAUCUGUGAAA